AUGAAGCUCGCAGCCGCCCUCGCUGUAGUCUUCCUCUUCGGCACCGCCCACGCUAUCCCCAAUUCACCGGCACCGGCACAAGAACUCGAGCAGCAGCGAGUUCGCUUCUUGGUCCCCGACAACCGGGCCGCUGAGUGGCCUUUUGGGCAGUGGAUCUGGUGCAGAAGGGCUGGGUCUGUUUUCGCAGUGCUCGAAGCUGGAUAUGGCUCUGCUUCUCGCGGAACAUAUCCUGAAUCAACAGUGCAAGCAGAAUAUCGUUUGCUGUGUAGGGAUAAGCAUUCGGCGGUAUGUCCUGCCCCUACUUCAUUGCCAUAUCCGCUGCAAGUAAGUAUGAUAAUGAUCUCAUCGGUGUCUCACUGCCCUGCAUUGCGCUGGGAUCUCUGCUCUAGUCCCUGCUCACGGAAGGAAGACAGUCCGUGUGAGAUAUCGGAGUCCGCUAUCAUGAGCCUUCCGGUGCAAGGCGCUAUUUGCUUUGUGUUUAAGGCUCGACUUGCCAGGAGAGUGUUCCUCAGUUAUUACUUUGGCUGGAACCGCCAAUUGUACUACGCAGCUGCCAGGCUAUCUGCGGCCGUGAUGGCUCCAUUUCUCGUCUUGUGA